AUGAGCUGGAUGGCCUCCUGCCCCGGGAGCGACGCGGGUCCCCUCCGUUCUCUCCAGCCCAGAAAACUCCCCCGGCAUCCCUCCAGACCCAGCCAGGCCCAUCGGCAUGCCACCAGUGCCUGUGCUGCUCAGCCCAGCCCCCAGGAUAAGAUGCUCACCGGCCUAAUGGCAAAGCCAGGUAUCCCUGUGGGGAAGGCUGCGAAACGUCCUCCCAGAGCUCCCAGUUGUUCCGGGAGGGAAGGGAGAGGGGACCAAGAGGAAGAGGCCCCUGGAGUCCCCUCAGCGGGUCUGAGACGGGCAGACGGCGCCCACCAGGGGCAGCAUCAGCUAUGCAUCACACGGGUCCACAUGGGGCUUGAGUCCAGCCUGGGGACUCCAGUGGGAGGCCCCCCAGGAGUCCACGGGGCCCCUACCCACCUGCUCCAGCCCCAGCACUCCACCACACACUCUCGUCUCACGCCAUUCCCUCUCGCAGUGGGUAUCUUUAGCGAUCUUGGGGAAACAGUCACCAGCUUGAUGACAAAAGAUUUCUCCCCCACUGUGGGGGAGGGGGGCCCAAGCCAAUGA